AUGUCCUAUGCUCAGCAACACUUUAAUCGUUUACAGCUGCGCUACCAUGAGGUGGUGCAGCCACCUCAUGGUUUUUAUGCUGCAUCGGCGGCAGUGCAUAACAGUCGCACCCCGGUGCGGCUGCGGGACGUGGUGAUCGGCACACACAACCAGGAGCCGCUCCCACGCGGUGGCAGUGGCGACCCCGCGUCCGAUGCGCAUGACAGCUAUAUGGCAUGCUACCCGCACCCGCAUUCGAUCAUUGGCGCGAGUGCCGCCGCAGCAUGGUGUGAAACAACACCAAGCGUCAGCGGUGCAGGAGUGCCUCGACAGGUCUUCCAACUGCUGCAGCACAACCCCAAGCACGCUUCCCCGCCGCGACUCAAAGCUAGCCAAAAGCGGUUUACCUCUCCUCAUUCGUCUGUCACGACAUCGGAGACAGCGGCGGGACAGCCGCCAGUGCGCCUCUCUCCGCCUCCUCGAGUGCUAGAGGAGACAGUCGACAAGCGAUGCCGUCCCAGUGCGCCAGGUCAUGCUGGUGUGCCGCACGACUCGCUUGCGACCAAGCUCCAUGGAAGUCGACCGCUCUCUGCUGACGCUCAUCGCCGCCCCGGUGAUCGGGCGGAGCACUCAAAGGGCAACUCACUUUCUACCGGUGGGCUCUCUGCGGCCCGACUUUCCACCUCGCAGUUAUCUGCCUCAGCGACAUUCGCCGCGCGUCUGAGCAACAUCAUCGAGACGCGGCAGCAAAUCGAGCUGUUGAUGCAGAGGCAGCGGCAAGACGAAGAAGAACUGAUUCACGCCAUUGCGCAUAUUGACGCGCAGUCGCUAGGCCGCUCGCACCCGCGGCAGUCGCCGCACCCCGGCACCAUGCUCACCGACUCGGUGCUCUCGCCUUGGCGACAGCAGCAGCAGCAGCAGCAGGACGCGGUGGAUCGUCCGUCUUAUGAGCAAGUCCUCAUCGAGCGCGCCGCAGUCUUCGCCGCGCUGCGACGGUUCAAAGAGAAGGGCAACAUCAUUGUUCACAAGCUCUACAACACCGUAAAGGCGCAGCAGGAGCAGGUGCUGGAGCUUGUCGCCACUGUGGAGGCCUUGAAGAAGGCGAACAAGCGGUUCAAGGAUGCCCUCAGCAACGGAGGUGGUGCCGCUGGUGGCAGCCUCGGCAGCGGUGCAGGCGCAGCAGCGACGGCGGGGGGCGUCACACGACUGCCCGACACCGUCGCUGAGCUGCAAGAGAAGGUCAUCACGCAGCGGCGCGUCAUUGAGCAAAUGGACCAACUCAUGCAGAAUGCAGACCGCAUGCUGUUGGCGAUGCGCGCGCGCGUCGAGGCCGCGGAGCAGCGAGCCAGCGGUGCGUCGGCAGAACGCCGGCGGCUUCCGCCGCUGCCGCUCACCCCCGGCAGUGGGACGUCCAACGCUAGCACCCCUCGCCAGGCACCGGUCGGGGGAGACGGCGAUGCCGCCACCGUCUCGGCGCAGCAGCAGCAGUUUCUGUUGGGCCGCAUUGCUCAGCUGUGGCAGGCACUGAAGCAGGAGCAGGCGCAGCGCCUUCACUUGGAGGAGGUCUACGGCGCCACCUCUGAGGAGACGGCACGCAAUGUAGCACUGCUGGAAGAGCGCCUGCAGCGUGUGCAGAACACGCGAGGAGUGAUGUACAACAGCAGCGGCAGCGCCACGAACGCCGCAGCAGUUCAAAUGGAAUUGCAUACUUUGCUGGAAGAGGGCGGGCACGGUAGUGGUGUCUCGGUGGCUGAAGAAAUUCGCCGCAAGAAUAAGGAGCAGCGUACCAUGUUGCCGGCCUCGUCACGCUCGCCCUCGUCCACGCUCGCUCGCACCCUCUUCACGGCCGUGAGCGUCGGGGACGCGGCCGCGGCGGAGGAUUACAAAGCCGAGAAGGAAGAUGAUGCGAAGCAAGCGCCCGACGGGUCGAAACGGCAGCCGUCCAGCGAGCCGGCGGCGGCACAGAACGCGCGGCAACGGCGCGCCUACCUAGGUGGUCCUUGGAGCGCUGCAGACAGCACUAGCGUCGACCUGGCGGCUGAAGAGCAGGACCUUCAGCUCGGCAUUCCAGUGCCGGACGCCUCCCACCUUCGAGACUCGACCUCCCGCUCGUUCCAUUCCUGCUCCUCCGGCGCGAGUCGGCGUCUUGUGGGCUUUCUGCCUGCAAAAGCUGCGGAUGUCAUGAGUUGCACCGUGGACAGUGCCAGUGAUGGGGCGAAUGACAAUGACGAGGGCCACGUCGCGGUGGUGAGGAGCGGCUCGAACGCGCGGGGCCGCGCGGCUGUCAUUGCGACGGCAAACCCAAUGGCGAUCCACUCGUCCUCCUCGCCGCUGCCGGACACGAUCCCUUCGGUAGGAUGA